AUGUCGUCUUCAGAGACAGACCACUCACAGUGUCCUUCAUUCGUGAUAGAUUCCACACUCCGCUCUUCCUCACUAAAGAUGCAGCAACCUGCCUGUGAUUAUCUUCUGGAAAAGGACAAAGACAUCCUAGAGGGAGAGUGGCACUUGGAUGCGGAAACUGAACAACCCCCAUGUGGUCCAGAGAAGAGCAGCUCUGGUAGUGUCCCUUGGCAGCUUCCAGCCACACGGCCUCUAAGCUGCAUGGGGAAGACAAACCAGUCGCACCCAGAGCAGCCCCAAAGCCUGAAGACCCGUCCUCUUCACCCCCAGGGAGGCCUGUCGAGGAAGCCCUGUGAGAACCAGGGGAGCCUUCUCCACUUCGACCGCCAGGCCCCAGGCCGGAUUUCCACCUCGCCCACCUUGAGGAGAUUAAGGAGCAAUGGCUGUGGGAUGAGGCACUCCCUGCCUCAGCAGGAGACCUUGGAAGAGCCCACCUGGGGCAGCCGGAAGGAGCCUGCAGGCUCCCCAUCUUACCUUUCCCAGAGUCUACCUGCAAGCCCCCAAAAUUCUUCCCACUCUUUAUCAACCUUGAGACUUGGCUCAAGAUUGCCCCCGGACCCCAAAAGGAUCCUCGCCACAGCUGACUCAUCUGAGCCCCAAACAAGGCCCACAGAUGAGGCUGCCUUUCCAGUGCUUCAGCCUGUCCACGAGGGGCCCCUUCCCCCCUCCUCUCUUCCAGGGAGAGGAAGCCGCUCGCCCAGCCCAGCUGCACGGCUCCCGGGGCCUCAGGGAGAAGAAUUGCAUCAGUCCAGGUUCCACGAGCGCAGACGGAGCUCAGUGGUGCUCAACUUGCCGGGACUUGAGGUGUUCCCCGGGGACCUUCUGGUGUCAGAUGGAGCUGCCGAUUACCUGUGUCACCCACUCCUGCUACUGAAUUCAGAAUCCAAAAAGCCACGGUGGCCUUUCUCCAGGAGAGGAGCGCAGGGCAAAGACAAGCACAAGCACAUAUCUGAUCUGGAACAGCGCCUCUCCUCUGUGAAGAUUACAGACUUCGGGGGCUAUGAAUUCCACAGCCUUAAGGGUAAGACCUGGAAUGAAGUCAUGGCAACACAUCGGAAACUUCCUACUGAUCAAGUAGACUUGAGAAAGCAGCAAGAGGCCGUGUGGGAACUUUUCGCGAGCGAAUGCACUUACUUCUUGGACCAUUUACUAGUUCUUAAGAUGAUCUUCAUGAAUACACUAAAAUAUCUACAAACCUAUGAAUAUCUCCUGGAUGUGGAUUCAUGGCGCCUUUUUGCAAACCUGGAGGAGUUAAGUCAGACAAGCUACGGUUUUGUGAGCAGUCUUUUUGCCAUCAUCAAGGACUACUUCGAUGCCUCUGAGACUUCACCACCCAUGGAUUUCAUUUCCGUGCUCACGAAGCAUUUCCGAGGGAGCCUCUGUCAGAGCCACCAGACCUACUGCCUGAACUACUCCGCCGCUGUCUUUUACCUCGAGAGCCUGAAGCAGAGAGAGGACUUUGGAAUUUACUUAAAAUGGUGUGAGCAAAACGAACAGUGCAGGCGGCUUCACCUGGCUGAGCUGCUGGUGGCCCCCCUGCACAGGCUGACCCGGUACCCCUUGCUGCUGAAGAAUAUCUGGAAAAGGAGCACAGACUCCACUGAGAAAAUCAUGAUCUACUCCAUCAAGGAAAAGGUGGAAAAGUCAAUCCGGGAUCUUGAAGGAAAAGUGAAGUGGCUUGACAAUUUUCAAAAAUUUAGACAUCUUCAGGAGAUUAUAGUGUGGCCUCCACUUUGGGAUAGAGAUAAAAGGUUUUUCAUUCCAGAGUGCCUGAAACACAUUUUUAAAGAGCAUAUGGCAGAAAACAUCCUGUCACCAACCAACAGACACCUUCUCUAUGAGGGAAAAUUAACUCUUGCAGAAAGUACCAGAUUCCUAGAUGUUUAUCUGUUUCUCUUUGAUGAUUUCCUCUUAGUUACGAAAACUAAGCGCAACAAAAAGAAAGUUGGAGGCUUGGACACAGGUGUAAUGUGUCCUUCACUUACUCCUGAGCUGCAAACAGUAAUAAAAGAGGGUGGUUCGUGUAAGGUACUCGAUCAGCCCAUUCCACUGGAUAGAUUGGUAGUCAAAAGUAUUGAUCUACUCCACGUAUCAGUCUUUGGACUGAGAAAUGCCUUCCUUAUUCAACAUGAAAGCCGAUAUCGACAGUGCAUAGCAGCAUUCUUAUUACAAGCCCAAACAGAAAACAUCAAAAAAACAUGGAUGGCACAAAUAACAGCAGCAAUCUCUUGCUUUACCAAGAGUCAGGAAACCAAGAAAAUAUCUUUAUUCAGAUCAUCCACAGAAUCCUCUGAAAUUUAGGGACCUAAAACUAAUUUUUUAGAAAUGAAGGAUAAAGGUAUUCUUUCAAACUUUUGUAACACUUAGUGAUGAGCUAGAAGAAAACGUGUCUUUUAAAGGAGUUCCAGAAUUUGAGUGAAGAAAAUCCUCAGUACAGAGAAAUGAUGACUGCAACAAAUUUGAAUUCUGGGGAAUUUCUUGUCAAGUAUAUACUGAUAUCCAAACUACCUUAAAAUGCUCCAGUCAGACUUAUAAGAGGUGUGAGUGAAGUGUGAUGCUGUUAUAAUUUGUAAAGGGUGAGUGAUCAGAUGUUCACUGUUUGGAGUGGCAAGAGGAAAAUGUUUGUGUCCAAUAUGAAUUCUAGCAUCUUACUUUGUGUAUACCUAUAAUGAAACCAACCUCCCUACAUGGCUUAUAAAUCACAUACUGCUUUAUAGUCCUGCCUCACACAUAGAUCAUUCUUUUGACAUGAAGUUUGAUUGCUCUUUUAAUAUAUUAAGUGAUAAAUAAGGUCCUCAUUUUAAAAGCAGUUUUUAAAUUCCAAUUCUCACAGUUCACUUAUCUCAGGUAUCUACACUAAUAAAAGAGAAACAUGCAAGUUGGUGUGUCAUUCCACUAUGCCCACCAAUCAGAACGACUAUGCAAAUUAACCAAC